GGGCGCCGGAGCAGGCUCCCCGGGUUGCCCCUGAAGCUGGCCUGCCCUGACAUCCGACUGACCCUCUUGGAGUCCACCGGCAAGAAGGCCAACUUUCUGCGGCACGUGGUUGAGACUUUGGGUUUGCCUGACGUUGAAGUGUUGACGGGCAGGGCCGAAGAACUCGCCCACCGUCAGGAAUUGCGGGGCGACUUUGAUGUCACCCUGGCCCGCGGCCUGGCACGGCUGCCGACCAUGCUGGAAUACACCCUGCCCUUCACCCGUCGCGGCGGUGUGGUAGCCGCGUGGAAACACGGGGGCGAGAGGUUGGAGGCAGAACUGGAGUCGGCGCAGCGGGCGUUGCAGAUCCUGGGCGGCUCCGUCAGGACAAUCUAUCCGGUAACGGCAACGGGACUGACCGACAAUCGGGUGGUGAUGGUCAUAGAGAAGGUAAAGGCCACGCCUGGGGACUACCCGCGUAGGACAGGGGUGCCCGGGAAGCAGCCGCUGUGA